AUGAUCUACGUGAUAGUUGGUGGUGGGAUUGCCGGUGUGAGUUGUUUAAGACAGCUCCUUGUAUCCCUUCAUAGCUCCGAUAACAUCAUCUUGAUCUCUGCUAGUAAACGAGUGAAAACGGUAUCGCAAUGGAGGAUGGUUGGGCAAUACACUGAACAGUUUGAUGUCAACGAAGACGAGAUGGUAUCAGACGACCCACGAUUACUUUUUAUCCAAGCUGAAGUAGUUGGUUGGAAUUAUAAAACCAAGGAGUUGUUCCUCAGUGAUCGAAGCGACUCGGUGAAGUAUGACCGGUUGUGUAUAGCCACUGGCGCGCUGCCAUGUACGCCAUUUUUAAAUGAUAAAGUUCUGACUAUCCGCGAUACGGAAUCGGCUGAACUUCUGCAGCAUCGUCUGGAAGGAGCAAAGCAGGUGGCUGUCGUGGGUAAUGGAGGUAUAGCUACAGAAGUAGUUUUUGAACUCAAGGGUGUCAAUGUUACAUGGAUAAUUCGUGAUGACUCAAUUUCUUCAGUAUUCUUCAAUCCAUCAAUUGCGGAGUUCUUCAAGGAAAGAGUUGAAGUUGGACGUCAAGAAGGUGCGAAGACCGCUGGUGUACUUAGACGGCCACGGUAUUGCCUUGACGAGUGUGGUGAGCAAAAGACUGCGCGCAAGGUUGCUGGAUGUGCUCUUGGUCCUGACUGGAUUUCAUCUCUUUCGUUCAAGGAUUGUUCUGAGUUGCAAAUUUCUCCUGUAGAUGGGGGAAUAAUUGUUGAUGAUGCUAUGCGCACCCCUAUUCCUGGAGUAUAUGCUUGCGGCGAUGUGUGCAGCGUAUCAUGGAGUACCCCUUCAGAAAAUUGGAAGCAGAUGCGACUCUGGACACAAGCGCGACAAAUGGGAGACUAUUGCGCUAGAUCCAUGAUGUCGAAUGGAGAUGUUGAGAAAGAUUUCUGCUUCGAAUUGUUCACUCAUACUACUUCAUUUUUUGGUUACAAGGUAGUAUUUCUUGGAGAUUUCAAAGCUGAACGGCAACCGGAAGGAUGGUACACAAUCGAAAGAGUUAUCGAAGAUGAUCAGUUUGUUCAGUGCAUUAUGUUCAAUCACCGAGUAGUUGGUGCUGUUCUUGUUGGAGAAACAGAUCUCGAGGAGACCAUGGAGAAUCUUAUUUUGAACAAGACUGAUCUUGAAAGAAUAGAGGAAAACUUUCUCGAUCCACAAAUUGACAUCGAAGAUUACUUUGAUUAA